AGCCGUUGAAGCUUCGUGUGCCCGAGUGAUGGCUCUGUGCAGGCGACCGCUGUUUGUCAGCUCUCCGUGUCGACUAUCUCUGCGGACUAGCCACCAAAUACGCAAGAACUCUACUGACCGAGACAGAUUCUUCCGCGUUGCGGAAGAGGUUCAGGAUGCCCUUGCAACUGGCAAGCCGGUCGUUGCACUGGAAACCACAAUAUACACACAUGGGUUCCCCUACCCUGAAAACGUUGCUCUGUCCUCCCACCUGGAAUCCCUAGUCCGCGUCAAUGGCGGCGUGCCCGCAACCAUCGGCAUCCUCGAAGGCAAGGCCUGUGUUGGCAUGGCCACUGAAGAGCUGAUACAACUCGUCUCGACUGCUGGUAGUGAGAACACGUGGAAGAUAUCAAGACGAGAUCUGGGUUCAAUAGGAGGGCUUGGUCUUCGGGGCCAGAAGCUCAAUGGGGGAACAACCAUUGCUGGGACAAUGAUCCUUGCCCAUUUGGCGGGCAUCAAAGUCUUCGCGACCGGUGGCCUGGGGGGUGUCCAUCGUGGAGGAGAGAACUCUAUGGACAUCUCCGCAGACUUGACAGAACUUGGGCGAACACCGGUGGCGGUGAUCUCAAGCGGCUGUAAGAGCUUCUUGGAUAUCCCCCGAACGCUAGAAUAUCUGGAGACUCAGGGAGUGGGCGUGGGCACCUUUGCGGAUGGCAGACAGGGAGAUGUCGACUUCCCUGCCUUCUUCUCCCGAGACAGCGGUGUCAAAAGUCCAAAGACAAUCCACGAUGAAGCGGAUGCCGCAGCCAUCAUCUACGCACAACAUGGGUUUCCGCUUCACUCCGGAUUGCUUUUCGCCAAUCCAGUCCCGGAACAAUCAGCAAUGGCAAAGGAAGAGAUCGACUCAAUUAUUAGUGCCGCAGUCGCCGAAGCUGAAGAGAAGGGCAUUGGCGGAAGUGCCAACACUCCUUACAUUUUGAAGCGGAUUCGAGAACUAAGCAAGGGCGGGAGUGUACGGGCGAAUGAGGCUUUGAUUGAGGCGAAUGUUGUCCGCGGAACCAAAGUCGCCGUCGAAUUGGCUAAGCUUGAGAGACGGCAUGGAGCGGCGCCUCAACGAGAGAAUGCCAGCAAGGUCAUCAAGGGUGUGAGUUUUGGCAAACCCACAAAGAGCUCUCAAAAAGUUGCCAAUGGCCAAGAAACCCCCGUAUAUGGCACGGUUGAACAGUCCUCUCAGCCCGUGGAAGUGCUCGUUGCUGGGUCACUCGCAAGUGAUACAAUAUGUGACCAUCAACCACUGAAAAUCACGCCCGAUUCGACGGCUCCGGCGCUUCACACAUCAAAUCCGUCCACCAUCUCUCAGUCGCCGGGCGGAGUCGGUCGUAACGUUGCGAUGGCUGCUCACCUGGCAGGUGCCAAAGUCACAUUGGCGAGUGUUGUGGCAGACGACCUUGCUGGUGCAUCUCUUCUCGAUCACGUCGAGAAGAGUGGCCUUGAGACGACGGCAAUACGACGACUUCCCACCAACGACGGCGCGCGAACAGCACAAUAUGUCGCUGUCAACGACACAAACAAAGAUCUCGUACUUGCAAUGGCAGAUAUGUCCAUAUUUGCUCGUCCAGAGCUCGAAUCGGCAGACUACUGGAUGGAGAAGAUGGGCGAAAGCAAGCCAAAGUGGGUGGUCGUCGACGCAAACUGGUCCCCUGCCAUUCUCUCGUCUAUCCUGAAGGCUGCGAAAGCCCAUCGAGCUUUUGUCGCAUUCGAGCCCGUCUCCGUUGCAAAGGGCGCUCGUCUCUUCGACAAAGACAAUUCUGCCAUUACCAGCGCUAACGUAUUGCCAAAUCAUGUCGUUAGCCUUGCAUCUCCCAACAGACUCGAGUUGACAGCAAUCUAUACUGCGGCCAGAAACGCUCUGAUGUUCGAAUCGGAACAGUGGUGGAAAGCAAUCGAUGGCCUUGGCCUCUCUGGCUCGGGGUCUCGGGAUCGAUUGAUUUCUGUUGCCGGACAUGAAUUAGUCGAGCAUGGAAUCCCACAACAGUGCAUCCAGCUUCUCCCCUUCAUCCCGAAUCUGGUGACAAAGCUCGGGCAUAGAGGGUGUCUCCUGGCUUGCCUGCUGCGGCCUGGCGAUCCUAGACUCACACGGCCAGAGAACGCCCCAUAUGUGCUGUCGAGAAAUUUGUCUCACGACUCUGAGAUUGGGGGCUUGUAUAUGCGGUUGAUUCCACCGUUCAUCGAAGUCGAACAGGACGAAAUAGUUUCCGUCAACGGCAUUGGCGACACCAUGCUGGGUGUUAUUAUUGCAGGCCUCGCGAAGGGCCGCGCGCUCGAGGAGGUGCUGCCCAUUGCACAAGAAGCAGCGGUGCUCACGCUGAAGUCUGCAGAGGCUGUAUCACCCCAUGUCCGGCAGGUCCAGGCAAGGCUCAGGUGAGGCGUGAGGCUUUACGAGGCCUGGUCAAGGCUGAGACUUUGACGAACCAAUCACGUCGUCUCGGUCGCACGAAGCGAGCCUUGAUGCCUUAGUCAGCAGCCGCGCUCCGAUACCUCCCCAGCCACUGACUUCGAGACUAUUUCUCUCAUCAGCCCAUCCGAUCCGUUGAUAUACGAGAUCAAAGCCAUUCCAGACUGCGCGUCAUCGUCAAAGCGUCGUCUCAGCGUCGCAAUGGUUGGAUUUCUGCCUACAUUCCAAUUAGCGCUUCUCUUACUGCCGUGGGCAGUGUGGGCAAACCCCAUUGCCCACAACCUAAGCAGAGAUCCGGCGGAUUCCGCAGCUUCAUUUCAGCACCUCAACAUCUCGGAGUCGAUAUCUCAGAUCAAUAUAUUCAGCGCAGGAAGUCUAACAGGCUCCAUUGUUGCGCGACAGGCCUCCUGUCCCGACCCAUCCACCAAUUCACUUUGCCCGCAAAACUUCUGCUUCAUCCUGCAACAGAACAGCGACAACUCGGCAUGGGCAACGUGUUGUCCCGCUGGCUGGGUCCUUAGAUUGAAUGCGGCCGACUGGACCACGCAGAAAUGCCAGUUCAAUGGUGUGUCGGAACCACCAUUGCGGCCACUGAGCUGCGGCGGCAGUGGGGGGAUUUUUUCCGGAUGGGCAUGCGUCUACUCGAAUCAAAAUGUCAGCGGAGGCGAGAGGAUGAGAUGGUCGACGGUUCUUGUUACGGCAGUCGCUCUUUCCUGGCUCGGGGUGAGUUGGUGCUCGUAACCUGAGCGCCUGGUCGCCGUUCAGCUCACCAAGCACGGGCACGGCGUCCAGGGCGCGGGCGCGGGCGCAGGAAGGGGACAACCACGAUGACACAGCUGCCUGGGCGCGUUCGCCCACGGACACCACUGCAACAAGGCGAUAUCUACAAGUACUCCGAAAGAGGGACGAGCGUCGUGGAGGAUCUGCAUGUUCUGCGCGCCUCCGAUUGCUGUUUACGAUACCCAUGAUGACUCCAUGACUCGACGAAUCGAGACUCGAACGCGCCACGAGUUCUCCGACUCGCUUAUGUAGAAGUAUAUCCAGACUAAUGUUUCCCAAUUUACGCUCCCCCCC